GCUUUGCCACUGGGCAGCCCCCAUCUCUCUUUGGUAUUUUUAUUUAUGUUUUUCUUCUUAUUCUCCUCAUACCUUACCAAAUCUAGUGGAGUGACAUAGUCAAGAGUGAGAUUAUGGGUAUUUGAAUGAGAUGAUAGAUACAUGUGUUUAUGGUUCUGUGUGAGGAACCUUCCAGCUUUUUCUUGAUACUCUCCAUCCAGCACCAAACUUCCCUGGCAUGAUAUCAUCACCAACAGUUUAGAAAAUGAUGCCCACACUCUUGGUUUUCAGAAAUUAUCUUCUUCUGUUUCUUCACAAAUUACAAUUUUAUUUGCUUUGCUAUAUCCCAGGUCCUUAUCAAUCCAUCAAGCAAUUGCUGUGGGUGAACCACUAAAGCCUUUUAGGAGACACAGAGGUGGUGAGGAAAUGGGCGUGGUUAUUUACUCCUUAGUCUCCAGGCUUCAAAUUCUUCUUUCUCAGUCAGAUUUGAAAAGUGGGCAUGGUUUUCUGAAGGCUUGGACUACACCCUUGUAGAAUGGUGGGGGUCUCUGAGUUAUUUUGGUACUCUCCCGCCUUCGCAACUUUACCUCACUCAUCGUUAAUAGGACCUUACUUAUUUCAGCGUUUGUACAACCUACUGUAUCCUCACUACUUGGAACUCCAGUUGUUAAGAAUGUAUUCUUGUAUAUAUUUAAAAAUUGUCCUUUAUUUCCCUUGGGUUCCUACGUAAUUUCCUGAAUACCUUCCAGAUAUUUUCAGAAUUCUCAUUUCCGGGCUAAAUAAUUUUAAUCCUUUCAAGAUUUUCUCAUAUCCCACUUUUCCCCAUAGCUUUAGUAAACUGUCCAAAUAGUUAUAUACGUUUACUCUUCAACAGAAUUAUUGUUUUCCAUUUGACCUUCCCUCUGUGAAUAUUUAAGCAGCAAAAUUCAUAAAGCAUUAUUUUCUACCAGUUACUCCUCAAAAAUAUAAUUCAUAAAAUUAUGUAAUGUAGGACUUGGAAGGGACCUUUGAAAUUAUGUAAUUUAGAGCCCUCCUCUUGUGCUAUUAUUGCACAUGUAAUGCACAGCUUUGAUACACAGAAUAUAUGGAAUAAUCAGAAAAAGGAGGAAACAGUGCUGCAUGUAAUUGGAGGGUACUUACUCUAUCCUUUAUACUUCCAGUCUGCCCAGUUUACUGUUUUAAUUACAAAAUUGCCUGUAGUGCCAUUUCAUUUCUUUGUAAAUUAUGUAAAUCCUGUCUUUCAGCAAAAUCUGCUUAUUUGCCCCAAGUGGAUAUAUUUGGGUUUGUGUUAUUCUUGAUUUUUAACUUUAGUUAACCAACAUCAUUUUGACUUCCAAAACUUAUUUGGACUAUCACUUUUUAUAUUGGUGGCAUUUACAAGCUAUUUCUAGUUCAUCCUUUGCGUUGCCUUUAAAAGAUAUUCCCAUGAAAACUACAAAGUGCUGAUGAAAGAAACCAAAGAUCUAAAUAAAAGGAGAGACGUACUGUGUUCAUGGAUUGAAAGACUCUCAAUAUGGUACAGAUGACAGUUCUCCUAAAUUGAUGUCUAAGUUUAACACAAUUCCUAACAAAAUUCUAGCAUGACUUUUGUAGGUAUAGUUAGUAUUGUUUCUAGAAUUUACAUAGAAAGGCAAAGUACCUAGUAUGGCUAAAACAGUUUGGAGAAAGAAGAAUAAUGGGAUAGUCACUCCCCAGUUUUAAGACGUUAUGCAGCUACAGUAAUCAAGACUAUGGUAUUGUCAGAGAGACAGACGAAUAGAUAAAUGCAACAGAAUAGAGAACCCAGAGGUAGCCUCAUACAGGUAUAGCCAACUUAUUUUUGACAGAGGUGCAAAAUUAAUACAGUUUGUCUUUUCAACAGGUGAUGUUAGAGAAGUUGGAUAUCUCUGGGCAAAAAAAUGAACCUCAACCUAAACCUUAGACAUUAUAUAUAAAGUCAAAACAGGUCAUCACUUUCAAUGUAAACCAUAAAAUUGUAAAACUUUUAAAAGAAAACAUAGGAUAGAAUCUUCAGGACCUUCGGCUUGGCAAAAAGAUCUUAGCCAUGACACCAGAAGCAUGAACCAUAAAAGAAAAAAAAAUAGAUAAAUAGGAUUUCAUCAAAAUUGAAAAUUUUUGCUCUGUGAAAGACUGUUAAAGGGCGAAAAGACAAGCUAUAGACUGAAAAAAAAUUUGGAAACGCUAUAUUUGACAAAGAACUCUAUCAAAAUAUAUAAAGAACUCUCAAAACUUAACAGUAAAGAACUCUAGUCUCCCUAGAAAAAGGGCAAACAACAUGAAGACACAUUUCACUGGAAAGGACAUAUGGAUGACAAAUGAACGUAAGCCCAUGUGGACACUGGUCAUACAAUCUAGCAAUUGCGCUUCUGCGCAUUUAUCCCAGAGAACUGAAAAGUUAGAUGUGCAUUAAAACCUGUACAAGAAUGUUCAUAGCAGUUUUAUUUAUAAUAGCCCAAAACUGUAAACAGCCUACUGUUCGUUAACAAGUGUGGCUAAACUAACUGUGGUACGUCCACACUAUGGAACUCUUUGCCGCAAUAGCAAAGAACACAGGAUUGAUACUUUUAAGAGCUUGAAUGAGUCUCAAGGGCAUUAUGCUGAGUGGAAAAAGCCGAUCUCAGAAAGUUUCCUACUGUGCAAUUCCACUUAGGUAGCAUUCUGUAAAUGACAAUGUGAUAGAAAUAGAGAACACAUAAGUGGCUGCUAGGGUCUAGGGCUGAUGGGGAGAAGCAUGUUGGGUAUGACUAUACAGGGGUAGCAUGAGGGAGCUCUUUGUGGUGAUGGAAUUGUUCAGUAUCUUGAUUGUGGUGGCAGUGACAUAAAUCUGUACGAGUGAUAAAAUGGCGUAGAACUAAACAUACGCAUUGUGCCAGCGUCAGUUUCCUAGUUUUGAUAUUGUACUAUAGUUGUAUACAACAUGAUCAUUACGGAAAACUGGACCUGCCUGUACUAUUUUUGCAACUUCCUGCCAGUCCACAAUUAUUUCGAAAUAAAAAGUUAAAAAUAAAAGAUAUACUCAGACUUUAGACCUGUGGUGUCUACUAGCCCUGGGUUGCUUUUAAAAUUUAAAUUUAAAUGAAUUUAAAUAAAACAACUUCAGUUCCUUGGUCACACAAGCCAUGUUUCAAGUGCUCAUGUGGCUAUCUUAUCAGAUAGCGCAAAUAUAGAAAAUUUCCACCACCACAGAAAGUUCAGUCGGCAGUUCAGCUUUGGGCAAACCCCUCUACGUUGCCAAGUGCUAUGUGUGUGGGUACCUUUGGAUUUCUUAGCGAACUGUCUUAAAUUUGUAAACGAAAAGAUAAUAGUCUGUACUAGUGAAAUUUAAGUAGAAGAAAUGGAUUUAACAUAACACUUUUUUUAAAGACUCAAUUUUUGAGGCUAUCUCCCGUAUUUUAAUAAGAAAAGGAAAUGAAACAUUUGCUUCAUGUUUGAAAUUGGAAUAAGGUUUUUUUCCUUAUCUGCCAAGGCAGUUGCAAUUUCUUUCCAUGAUCACAAUAUAGAAUAUAGAGGAAACGGGCAAACUAGAAGGAUGGACAGGUAGGGGAAAGAGAGAUCAGCAGGAAAAGUAUUGUAAAUAUCCCAUACUUUCUAUUGUUAUUUUCUGUUUCUUAAUGACCAGCUUACUAGUGGUGGCGUACCAUUGCAGAGGAAGCGGGGUUUAGCAACCAGGCCUUAAACCAGAAUUCUAUUUCUGACUCAAAGUGACCGUGAGGAAGUGACAAAUUCACUCUUCUCCUUCUUAUAACCGAUAAGCAAGUUAAGAUAAAACCAACUAUUGCUCGAGUGGACUACAGGAUGAGUGAUUCUAAAGUGAUCCCACUAUUUUAGGUUGUGUGUAAAACUACUUGCUUACAAGUAGAUUAAAUGCAAAGCUUUGAGGAAUUUAGUUUUAAAAAAAGUCCCGUGAGGUAGGAAGAGGUAGCUCGCUUUACCAGACAUGAACUGCUUUGAGUUUGGGAGUUAAAAACGAAACAACUCAGACACAGAGUGAAAAUUUUUCUUAUUCCAUUCUAGGUCAAUUUGAGAAAACUUUGGGAGAAUAAGCAGACAUUUUGCAUUUGAAAGAUGGGAGUUUGAAGUUAAGCCGUCCAGGGUUUGAAUUGCAGCUCUGCCAGUUACUCUCUGGAAAUGUUAUUUAGCUCUAGUUCUCAGUUUCACAAUCUAUAAAAUGGGGCUAAUAACGCCUACCAUUAGGGUGGUUAUGAGGAUGACACGUAAUAAGUAGACAGCUGUAAUGACGAAUGAUAAUAUUGAUUUGAUCAAGACAUGGAAUAGAAUGAUGGUGGUGUUAGGAGCAGAAAUAGCUUUGUUUAUUCUCCUUUGUGGAGAUUUAUUUUAGCCACGUAGUAAUGGGUUUGGGGUAGGGGGGAUGUUGCUCAUUUUCACUUUAUAACAAAUUGGUUCAUAUCGUGGUUCCUAAAGCCAUUCUCGAAUUUAACUAAAUGUAUGUGAGGCUAAAUUGAUCAAAAUCACUUGAUUUAAAGCCAAGAAGGGAUAAAUCUGCUUUUAUAAAAUCUAGCAGACUGAAAUAUAAGCAGCAAACUAAAAAAAAAGCAUACAUUCAUGAGAGAAAUUUUAUUUCAGUGAAAUCCCGGCAACAUGUUUCUAUAGCUAAAUCCACAUAAUAGCUGAAUGAACAGUGAAAAGUUUUAGUUAAUUGUAAAGAUAUAUGAAAAUCUGUAGUGUACAGUGUUAAAUUAUCAGAAAAUAUUCCAUAUGAAUUUUCUUUUUCUUUGCCUACUAAACUACUAAAACAUUGAAAAAGAGGGCAAGCACCUGAGCCAGCAUACUCAUUAGGAUCUUUUUGGCUCAGGUUCCCUGUAGCUGAGUGAGGCCGUUCCAGUUUUAGCCAAUAGUUCAUUGGUAUGUGGUCAGUUUGAAGUUUCCAGCUGUACUCCUCUGAGCUAGAGAGAGGGAACAAAAAAUGCUGACAUCCUCAUUGACUUCAUCACUCAUGCCCGAGCACAUACACCAACACUUCCUGUGCCAAACCUACUCUGGCUCUGCAGAGGACACCCCAGGCCUCAGCUGACUUGGGUGGGUUGGACUGGUGAAGUUGGGAAAGCAUUAGCCCUCAGUUGGAUACCACCACACUAUGUGAACAUGCCGUGUCUCAUUACUACACCUUUCACUUCACAGAGACCAGCUUUCAAAGCUUCUAAUAAUAACAUUCAUGGACAGCUAGUGAUUGUUGCAGGUGGGUUACCAGCUCUCAAAAUCACCACCCUCUGAAAAGUAUUAUAUUGGACGACAGCAUAUUUAAGAAAGAGUUAAUUUAGAAAUAUGCCGUGGAAAUUGCACUGAAAAAAAUCUAUCAGAAGAUCUGAAUUAUAUAUAGCUUGUCUCCCUAAUAUCAAUAAGGCUGCAUCUAUCCUGCCGAACCACACCUGGUGUCAGUUUUCUUAUCCAUACCGUGGGAGGGUUUCUAAAUUUCUAAGACUUUGUGAUUUUAGUGUGUGUUUUUCCAGGUAGUUUCCUCCAUGUUUCCACUUGUUGGUUCAUAAACUACAUUAAAUGUUUGUUUUAUUCUACCCAUCAAAAUUUCCUCAAGUAUUGUCAGGUACUUAAGGUAAUACCCUAUUUUCAGUUUGUUGUUCUUUCAGAAAUAGUAAUUUGAAGAAGUGAUAUUGUAAAGUUAAACUGCCUCUGGGUAUUAUAGUUUGAUUCUGAGUACCACGUCUAAAUAUCACAUGAAAGGGAAAUUAGACUUUGGAUUAUUAGGUAAAUGUUGAAUCCACGUGAUGAUAAACCUUUAGGUGUUUUAAGAAGUCUAUUAUGUGAUAUUUUAACUAAAAUAUUGACUUUAAUCAGUAAUUUUCUCUUAUAAACAUGGCAAGGAUGAGAAAUUCACUCAUUGGUGCCUUUCCUCCUUUAAAUCCUGAUGUGUUUUUAGGAAGAAGUUAUUUGGGAGUGCUAGGUAACCUGGGAAGGAAAUAGAAGGCCCUUGUGCUUUGGGGGAGAUGGAGAGUUUAAACAUGGUUUUGUUAUUCAGCGUUUCUUAUGACUUUCUAAUAAUCAUGAAAAAAAAAUUCUAAAAAUCCUUUAAGACCCAUUUUUAAAGGAUAGUUUGCUAUAAAUCUACAGGCUGUCACUACAGUAAAAUCACAUGUAGUUGACCCCAUCCUUCCCACUCCAACACAGUGUUUUAGAACUCUCUCACUACAUUUUGAAAUACCUUCAUUGAGUUUUGAAAUGCCUUACUUGCGUAGUUCUUUGAGGCUCCAUCACUGCUAGAAGAAGAAUUAUGAAAUGUAGCUCUGCACUUCCCGUUAGUUCUGUCCCAUGUCGAACAGAAGAUGUGCGCGUGUCUGGUGUCUAAAUUCAGAAUGCCUGUAGAUUUUACCCACAAAGCAUAGAUCCAGAUAAUUCUUCCACAAGCAGGAAAGAAGUAUGAUUAAUCAGAAGAGUAAAAGGCACUGCCGGAUGCUGCUUGAAAGGAAUCCUAUAUGGGGAUCUGCAGCAGCACCUGUCCAAAGAUCACUGUAGAUCCGCCUGGUUUGAAAAGCAGCACAACCACGCUGGUUGAUCAGAAUGCAUCUGAUGAAGAGGCUCAGGGAAUAAAUGGAAGAACGCCAGCAAAACACUCAGCUGCAAGUCCAAAGCCACAAGUGCCUCCAAAGCCAUUACAUCUGCAGAAUUCUCCUUCGUCCAAUAUACACCAAACCCCCAGGCAUAAAGCUUUAUCUAGUGCAAAACCAAGGAUGGAGGAAGUUAAACCUGCCUCUGCUUCUUGUGUCUCAAAAGAAAAACCCAGUAAGGUAUCAGAUCUCAUCAGUCGCUUUGAAGGAGGCAGCUCAUUAUCAAAUUAUAGUGAUUUGAAGAAAGAUGCUGCUGUGAACCUAAAUGCUCCUAAAAUCCCAGGAAGACAUGGAUUGACAACCACACCUCAGCAAAAACUCCUCUCCCAGAACCCACCGCAGAAGCAGGGAAAUGAUGCAGAUCAGACUCAGGGUGUACAGACUUGUGUGGCUAACGGUAUAAUAGAGGCACAAAACCAGAUGGAAUGUGAGGAGGAUAAAGCGGCCACUCUCGGCCCAGAUACUCCUAUUCAAACUUCUGAACCCUUGCCCGAUACGGACUUAGUGAAUGGAGAAAGAGAUGAAACUACCACAGGCCCUGCAUCACCCACGACAGAUGUCUGUGAUGGAAAUGCUUCUGACAGUAGCUACAGGACUCCAGGUGUAGGCCCAGUGCUCUCCCUGGAUGAAGGAAGGGCAGACACAGAAGCUAAGGUACAAGAGAGAGAAAAUGGAGAAAGCCCUCUGGACCUGGACCAGCUGGACCAGCACCAUGAGAUGAAGGAGACUAAUGAGCAAAAGCUUCACAAAAUAGCCAAUGAACUUUUGCUUACAGAAAGAGCUUACGUCAACCGACUUGACCUCUUAGAUCAGGUAUUUUAUUGCAAACUAUUGGAAGAAGCAAAUCGAGGGUCAUUUCCAGCAGAGAUGGUGAAUAAAAUCUUUUCUAAUAUUUCAUCAAUAAAUGCCUUUCAUAGUAAAUUCCUAUUGCCAGAGCUGGAGAAACGAAUGCAAGAAUGGGAAACUACCCCUAGAAUUGGUGACAUCCUUCAGAAAUUGGCGCCAUUCCUUAAGAUGUAUGGAGAAUAUGUGAAAGGAUUUGAUAAUGCAAUGGAAUUGGUUAAAAACAUGACAGAGCGUAUUCCCCAGUUCAAAUCAGUAGUUGAAGAAAUUCAGAAACAGAAGAUCUGUGGGAGCUUGACUUUGCAGCAUCACAUGCUAGAACCUGUUCAGCGAAUUCCCCGGUAUGAGAUGCUCCUUAAGGACUACCUAAGGAAAUUGCCCGCUGAUUCUCUGGACUGGAAUGAUGCUAAAAAAUCACUUGAAAUUAUAUCUACAGCAGCAAGCCAUUCUAAUAGUGCAAUAAGAAAAAUGGAGAACCUAAAGAAACUCUUAGAGAUUUAUGAAAUGUUGGGAGAAGAAGAAGACAUUGUAAAUCCUUCAAAUGAACUAAUAAAAGAAGGACAGAUCCUCAAACUAGCUGCUCGGAACACGUCAGCACAAGAACGCUACCUUUUCUUAUUCAACAACAUGUUGCUGUACUGUGUGCCAAGAUUCAGCUUGGUGGGCUCUAAAUUCACAGUUCGAACCAGGGUUGGCAUCGAUGGAAUGAAAAUCCUAGAGACUCACAAUGAGGAAUACCCACACACUUUCCAGGUAUCUGGGAAGGAGAGAACACUGGAACUGCAAGCCAGUUCUGAGCAAGACAAAGAAGAAUGGAUCAAGGCCCUUCAAGAGACUAUUGAUGCUUUCCAUCAGAGACAUGAAACCUUCAGAAAUGCAAUUGCAAAGGAUAAUGACAUUCACUCAGAGGUUUCUACUGCUGAACUAGGGAAAAGAGCCCCACGAUGGAUCCGAGAUAAUGAAGUAACAAUGUGUAUGAAAUGCAAAGAGUCUUUCAAUGCACUGACAAGGAGAAGGCAUCACUGUCGGGCAUGUGGACAUGUGGUUUGUUGGAAGUGUUCUGAUUACAAAGCUCAACUUGAGUAUGAUGGUGGUAAAUUGAGCAAAGUUUGUAAAGACUGUUAUCAAAUAAUAAGUGGAUUCACAGACAGUGAAGAAAAGAAAAGAAAAGGAAUUUUAGAGAUUGAAUCAGCAGAAGUAUCUGGAAACAGCGUGGUGUGCAGCUUUCUUCAGUAUAUGGAGAAGUCCAAGCCUUGGCAGAAAGCUUGGUGUGUGAUCCCCAAACAAGACCCUCUCGUGCUGUACAUGUACGGUGCCCCCCAGGAUGUCAGAGCUCAGGCCACCAUUCCACUCCUGGGUUAUGUUGUGGACGAUAUGCCACGGAGUGCAGACCUGCCACACAGUUUCAAACUGACCCAGUCCAAGUCUGUGCACAGCUUUGCCGCAGACAGUGAGGAACUGAAACAGAAAUGGCUGAAAAUCAUCCGUUUAGCUGUCACAGGUGAGACACCAGAUGGUCCUAAUGAGCAUCCAGCCGCCUUGGACGAUCAUCCUGAUCCUAAGAGAAAAUCAGAGUGCUGA